AUGACUCUUUCAGAAGAACAGAAGGAGAUCAUUUCAGAACGCCCGCUCGGUCAUACACUUGACCGCGUUCGAGACAAUUUGCGCGACUCCAACAAAGCCGACGGCACGUACCGGGAAUCUAUUACAUCCCUUUUAGGAGCGCUUAUCUUGUCUCCCGCAGCACAUAGUCUUUCCUCUCCCGACGGAUACGGUACCGUGACAGUCAGACUAUUGGGCCUGCGACAGGAUGUCCAAGGAGGGAAGAUAGCUAACCUCGACCCAUUUCGCCCUCUCGUCCGCCUUGCAGUUGACAACUCCGACGGCAACCACGACGACAACGCUAACGACAAUGCCAUUUGGGCUGCCGUCUUUAGCGUCCUCGACACCUUGGCUCCCAGCACUCCCCCUUUUCGUCCCACCACGCUGCCUACAUUCAAAGGAACGCCUAUUAAGAUCAGUUCGAGUUGGUUCGCUAAUAGUGCAAACCGCAUUGCCGUAGAAAGGGAAUUGUUCGCGGAGAUUGGAAAUUGCACCUUCCGCAACGUAGCGGGGUUUAUGGACAAGUUCUUUAAUUAUGAGAGCUGGGGCGACGAGUAUAAAGCGAUGUUACGGAACCUUAUGAUAGAGCAUGAUGGAAAUAAAUGGAAGGGCUUCCCGGCCACUCGUGAUGAAAAACUUGUGUGGAAAUGGCUUCGCUCCUUGGAAGAUGGCUUUCUGGCCGACGCGCCAUACAUGUCACAGGUUGGCAUUGGCUAUAUAGUGUGCAUUCCGAGUUCUCUCUUGCAAGCAGAACAUCGUCCUAUCUUUUGUAGGUUUGGCCGUCUGGGCAUAUGCAGCCCAGCCUGUCAUAAUACAAACUCUAAACCACCACAUUUGCUAGCCAAUUUGGGAAUGAAAAGGCUAGGUGGAUAUGUUUAUACAAGCGCUAACUACGGAAGUGACUGCCACUUUUACAUUCAAGCACGUUCUUAUCAUCAGAGAGUACAAGCGAUCGUACAAUUCAAGUAG